AAGUGCGUCACAAACAACUGGAAAAGAUUACUCGCUUCGCAGUUUAUGUUUUUAAUUAAAGCGUGUAUUUAAUGCUUAUUCUGUCCGGCUUCAUCCUGCUUCAAACAAUCAGACUUUAAAGAAUUUUUUAAAAGUAUUUUCUUGAAUGUCUCCCCGUUUUUUUUGCUCCACUUCCCCUGCCCGACUUCUUGUCUCCGCCCACACAUUCCUGUGUGUCUGCAGUUUCGGGAGGAGAGAAAAGGGAAAAGGGAUCCGGCUGGAAACAGUCUGUGGACCUCGAACCGGAGAGGAGAUGAUCCCAAACAAUAACAACAACAUUUCUCAGCCUGAAUCCGACCCAUGAGAAAGCAGCUGUUUACACAAACCAGUGCUCAAUUCAUUUUUUUAAUCAAACAAGUUAUUUUUUAAACUUUUAUUUAAGUUUUGAGUUGAUUUUAAAAAAACAAAACAAAAAAAACUUUAAGCCAUAGAGCAGAGGAAGAAGACGAAAGGAAGGAAAAAUCAUGGAGAUCCUGGACAGCAGCGAGUCGUUGCUCCACUGGGACAGAAACCUGAGCGAGCUGUCGGAGGCCGGGGAGCUGGACUCCGUGCUCUACACCAAUCACUUCUGUGAGCUCCUGGACGACCUCUCCCCGGACGCUUUGCUGGGCCAGCUGCUCAGCGACCCCUUCCUGUCUGGGGACAAAGGCGGCGUGGAGUCCAUGGAGGGAGAGGACGGCGGCGAGCUGUCCCCGUCGUCUCCUCUGCCCCCGCACAUCACCGCCGAGCACAGCUACUCGCUGUGUGGAGACAGCCGGCCUCAGUCGCCGCUGUCGCACCUCACUGGAGAGCACUGCAGCGAAGCAGAGUCUGAUGGAGACUCCCCUGAGUGGGCCAUGGAGCAGGAAGAGGCCAUUGAGGGCCUCCUUUGUGUGACUCCUUCUCUGCUCCCCACUCUUUCGCUCUCUCUGGCCUCCAGUGAGGACCCUCGUGGGCCUGAGGGCCCCGCUUUGGCCCCUGUGGCCCAAACAGCAGCCAGCAGCAUCACCAACCAAGGCAAAGCAAUCAAGAUUAAGGAGGAGAAAAUCAUCCCUGAGAUUAAGCUGGAGCCUCAUGAAGUGGACCAGUUCCUCAAUUUUUCACCCAAAGGUCUGGAGUCCCUGCAGAUGCCUCCCACUCCUCCCAGUUCCCACGGCAGUGACUCUGAGGGCAGCCAGAGCCCCGUCCACGCCCCUCCCAGUAUGUCCUGCCCCACCUCCCCCAGCAGCCCACCUCCGCCUCAGGCCAGCGUCAAGGUGUCUCCGCGCGCCGCGUCCUCCCUGUCCAACUCCCCGCUGCUCACCGCUCCUCAUAAGUUACAGGGGUCUGGGCCGCUGAUCCUGACCGAGGAGGAGCGUCGAACGCUGGUGGCCGAAGGUUAUCCUGUUCCUACCAAACUGCCGCUCACCAAAGCAGAAGAGAAGGCACUAAAGAAGAUCCGCCGGAAAAUCAAAAACAAGAUUUCAGCUCAAGAGAGUCGCAGGAAGAAGAAAGAAUACAUGGAUGCUCUGGAGAAAAAGGUGGAGACAUGCUCCAAUGAGAACAACGAGCUACGCAGGAAAGUGGAAACUCUCGAGUGCACAAACAAGUCUUUGCUGCAGCAGCUGCAGGCUCUGCAGGCGAUGGUGGCAGGAAAAAUCCAGAAGUCGUGCAGGAUGGCAGGCACCCAGACAUCCUCAUGCUUAAUGGUGGUCGUGUUGUGUUUCGCUCUGUUUCUGGGGAGUUUUUACCCGAGCAGCUUCACUCUGUCAUCAAGCAUCACUGAAACGGGCGUGCCAUCCAGACAGAUGCCUGAAUCCUACACAGCUACAGUGAAAAGCAGGAGUUUGCUGUCGACCUUCGAGGACGAGCAGCCGCACCUCCUGGGCCUCGGCGGCGAAUACCCCGAGCAGUGGGAGGACGCGCCGGCCGUCGUCAUGGCAACGUGGCGCCGUUCAGAGCAGCAGAAACUCGGCUCCGAACCGAACCGAGCGGAGAGGCACCCGCCUUUCAGGAACAAAAGCAACGACACGCAGAAGAACCUGCUGCUAGACCUGCACAGGUCGCAGACGGCGAACAGGAGCAGCAGUAAAGUUUUAGAGCUGGAUCGAUCGGUCAACGAGACUUCCUGAGGUCUCACUUCGCCCCAUCCUAAAAGAUUUCUCUGGAGCUUUUUCAUGUGUCUGGAAGCAGCAGCGCCCCCUGUUGACUGACUGAGGUCCGACGCCACCUCUGCUCCAUCAAAUACACUGAAAUUGUAAUAACAAAGAGGCACUGGUUGCCUUGUAUUUCUGAAUUAAAAGUAAAGUUGCA